UGUGCAAAUCUUCAGAAAGAACCUGCAGAGCAGAAAUGGAGGAGAAGAGCAGGAUUCUGAUCAUUGGAGGAACUGGCUACAUCGGGAAGCUCAUCGUGGAAGCGAGUUUGAGGUCUGGUCAUCCGACAUUUGCGUUGAUCAGAACGAGCACUGUUUCUGAUCCUGUAAAAGCCAAAACCGUCGAAGGAUUUAAGAGCUCUGGAGUCACCAUUCUUAAUGUACGGGGAUUUCUGCACGAUCACAAGAGUUUGGUGAGCGCGAUUGAGCAGGUGGAUGUGGUUAUAUCGACUGUAGGUGCGUCGCAGCUUGGUCAUCAAGUUAAGAUCAUCGCUGCAAUCAAGGAGGCUGGAAAUGUUAAGAGAUUCUUACCUUCUGAAUUCGGCAACGACGUGGAUCGCGCGCGCGGCGUUGGACCUGCGAAGACUCUGUUCAAAAUCAAAGCUCAAAUCCGUCGUGCUACCGAAGCAGAGGGAAUUCCUUACACAUAUGUCUCACCAAAUUGUACCUUCGGAUAUUUUCUGGAGACUUUGUCGCAGGAGCUCUACGCCACAGCUCCGCCUAGAGACAAAGUGACGAUCGUAGGACAUGGAAAUACCAAAGCUGUUUUCGUUGAUGAACGAGACAUUGGCGCAUACACAAUCAAAGCCGUGGACGAUCCGAGAACACUGAACAAAAUCCUCUACAUCAAACCGCCGAAGAACAUCUAUUCCUUCAACGAGAUGGCUGCAUUGUGGGAGAAGAAGAUCGGUAAGAGCCUCGAGAAAGAGUAUGUCUCUGACGAGCAGCUCCUGAAGCAGAUUGAAGAUUGUGGUACAACAAAUCUGGUUGGGGAUUGCAGAAUCAUCGGCACCAAUAGAUUUCUAUCUGGAUAUCCUGCACUCCGUUUACGUGAACGGCGAUCAAACUUACUUCGAAAUCGAGCCAUCUUUUGGGGUGGAGGCUUCAGAGCUGUAUCCAGAGAUCAAGUACACCACUGUGGAUGAGCACCUCGAUCAGUUUGUGUGAGACUGCGUGCAUGUAUAUAUCAUGAUUAUUGCUGCGUACUUUAGGUGUGUUUACCCGUAAUAUUUUAAAUUAAAAUAAUUAUUUAAUUGUGAUAUAAAUAUUUAUUGAUGUAAUAUUUUGAAUGUAAAAUAAAAUUUGAUGCGAUAUAAUAAAUAAAAUAAUAUAUGUUUGAUUUGGA